AUGGAACGUACAGGCACUAUACGCGGCGGGCACACAUCAUCGGAAUCGCAAGACAUUAAGAAUCAUCAUGGAACCCUGCUUGAUAAUACUGCCGACAACAAUAAUCGAAGGAGGAGUGUUGCCAUUGCACAUAUCGGCAACAGUAUACAGUAUUUUAAUGACUGUCCCCGAAUGCUGGAGCACAUGAUGAAUCAGCGCUACGAUGUCACACAGGAUUCCUGUUUAAGGGGAGGCGCCAAUGUUACUGGAUUGUUCGAAAAGGGCAAUGGGAUGCGGAACAAGUUUGCCACACCAGCUGCACUCAAGCCAGAUGGCACCUACGAUAUUGGAUCACCCACUGUGGAAGCCUUGUUGUCGUCAUCACCACCUGAUGCUGAGGAAAGCAAAUGGGAUUAUGUAAUCAUCAACGAUCAUACCCAAGCACCCGUUCGAGAAGCCAACAAGACGGAAUCCAUUCAGACUUUUCAAGAAAAGUACAUUCCUCUACUUGACAGUAACAAUAAGAACGCUACCGUGAUAUUGCUCAUGACAGCAGCCUACAAGUCACCGGCCAAGAAUUCCAGUGAUUUGGGCGAUUUUGACAAUUUCACAAAAUCCUUGGUGGACGGGUAUGCCGAAUAUGCCACGCUCUUUUCCAAUGCCAAGAUUGCCCCACUGGGAUUGGCCUAUCAAUACAUCAGGGAGCAUAACCAACGAGCCAAUGAUCCUACUACUACCUCGGAAGCUCCAUCCGCCGUAGUUUCUUGGGAAGCCCUGUACGCGCCAGAUGAUUUCCAUCCAAGCCCACAUGGAACCUAUCUCGAGGCUUGUUUGCUAUAUUGCACCAUCACUGGACAAGAACCACCUGAGUACCAGGUUGGUUGGUGGUCGACGGCGCGAUACAUGCAACCUCCGACCGUACAACCACCGAUGCCACUUCCAACGGUGGAAGAAGCCGACUAUUUGAAAAAGGUAGCAUCCCAUUUGUGUAACAUUGCACCUGCUGCUGGAGCCACUAGCUCUCUGUAA